GUCGCCAUCUCCCUCAAACGCCACAGUUCCACCAACCCUCUGAUCCAUUCACCACCAGUAAUCCCCCCGUCCCCUCCCCGCCCCUUCCCCCCCACCAGCACCCCCUCCCCCACCACCCGGUUCCCCCACCACCCCGUCCCCACCCCACCCCUUCCCCCCCACCACCACCCAGUCCUCCCCCUUCCCCCUCCAGCCUCAGUGAGCAUCAGUGAUUCCAUCCCACCUCCCCCCUAAACGAGAUGCUGUCGGAUUCUCUCCCCCUGAAAUGGGCAGUUAACGUGUGAGGACCGUAGGCGCAGAGCACUGCAGAAUAUGAAUGCCCGGCCCUGGGCAUUGACCGUGGCCGGACUGUUGCUUGUUCUAGCCGGCAUCGUGCUGCUCCUGGUUACUCCGGUCAUCCAACGUCGGCAGGUGAAGGCGAAUGUUCAGAUUGAUCCUGCAAGUGGUCUGGCUUAUAAAAUGUGGCGAGAUGUUCCUGUUCCAUUCUACAUGUCACUCUACUUCUUUGAGGUUAAAAAUCCACAGGAAAUUCUACGUGGCGAGAAACCAGUUUUGGCUCAGCGUGGGCCUUAUACUUACCGAGAAUACAGACAGAAAAGUAACAUAACCUUUCACAACAAUUACACUGUCUCAUACCGUGAAUAUCGACGAUACUAUUUCUACCCUGAUGGGUCGGCUGGAAAUGAAAGUGACGUACUUGUAUUGCCCAACAUGCUUGCCUUGGGUGCAGCUUUAAUGGCUGAAGACUUGCCCUAUGCAUUGAAAUUUAUCUUCAGCACAGCCUUGAAGACCUUUAAAGAGACUCCAUUUAUUAAGAAGUCUGUGAAGGAGAUAAUGUGGGGAUAUGAUGAUCCACUCAUUGACUUCCUUAAUCGAAUAUUUCCAGGCAUUAUCCCAUUUAAAGGAAAGUUUGGGUUGUUUGCUGAGAUGAACAACUCAGAUACUGGGUUAUUCACUGUUUAUACAGGAGUUGAUAAUAUCACCAAAGUUCAUGUAGUGGAUAAUUGGAAUGGUGCAAAAGAGGUAAGCUACUGGCACUCUGAGCAAUGCAACAUGAUAAACGGAACAGCAGGUGAAAUGUGGCCUCCGUUCAUCACUCCAUCAGACUCGUUAACCUUUUACAGCCCAGAUUCUUGUAGAACAUUGGAACUAGUGUUUCAGAAAUCUGGUUGGACAUUUGAUAUACCAUCGUUCCGUUAUGUUGCCCCGAAGACGAUGUUUGCAAAUGGAACUGUGUACCCUCCCAACCAAGGCUUCUGUCCAUGUAGGCAGUCCGGGGUUCUAAACGUCAGCACAUGCAGACACAAUUCCCAAGUCUUCAUCUCACAUCCUCACUUCUACAAUGCCGAUCCUGUGCUGUGGGAGGCUGUUGAUGGAUUACACCCCAAUGAGAGAGACCAUGCGCUGUUCAUUGAUAUCCACCCUUUAACUGGGAUCCCUCUGAAUGUCUCCAUCAAAUUGCAGCUGAACCUUUAUGUGAAAGCAGUGCAGGGAAUAACGGAGACUGGGAAUAUUCAGCCUGUGCUGUUGCCAUUGCUUUGGUUUGAUGAGAGUGGGUACAUCGAUGGCCCGGCUGUGGAUACUUUCUACUAUUUCAUGGUGGUGUUACCAACCAUUUUUCAAUAUCUUCAGUACGCCCUGAUAACGGUUGGCUGCAUUUUAGUGUUGGUUGCUCUAGCUCUGGAAAUUGUACGCCUGAAAAAGCAGAUAUCCCUACCCGGGAAAAAGACUGCGUCCAUUCAUCUUAUCGAUGCCUCUCAUGAUUUUAUAAACCUCCAUAAGGUCACCAUUCAGCCUCCUAAGCUCCACGGGAAAAAGUCCCAGCCUCUCCGGAUAACUCAAGCCCUCCAGUUCUGGUAACAUCGGCGUGAAUCUCUUCUGCGCCCUUUGCAGCUUAAUCACAUCCUUCUGACAGCUGGGUGACCAGAACUGCAUACAAUACUCCAAGUGUGGUCUCACCAAUGACUUGUAAAGCUGUAACAUGACGUCCCAACUCCUGUAUAUAAUGCCCUGACCGAUUGAAGGCUGGUAUGCCAAACAACUUUUUCACCACCUUGUCCAUCUGUGUUGCAACUUUCAGGGAACUAUGUACUUGUAUCCCUAGGUUUCUCUGUUCUGCAACACUCCCCAGGGCCCUGCCAUUUACUGUGCAAGUUCUGGCCUGGUCUAACUUCCCAAAAUUCAACACUUCAUAGUUGCCCAAGUCCAAUUCCAUCUGCUUUUCCUUGGCCUACUUUCCUAGUUGAUCUAGAUCCAAUCUUAGACAAUCUUCACUGUCCACCACACCACCAAUUUUGGUGUCAUCUACAAACUUACAAACCAUGCCACUUACAUUCUCAUCCAAAUCGUUAAUAUAGAUGACAAACAACAGUGGACCCAGCACCAAUCCCUGCGGUACACCACUGGUCACAGGCCUCCAAUCUAAAGCUCAACCCUCCACUACCACCCUCGGACUCCUUCCACCAAGCCAAUUUUGUAUCCAUUUGGCCAGCUCACCCU